AGUUAGUCUAAGCUAUAUUAGGGGUUUUGACAUUUCUCCAAUUUCCUCAAUUCCCAAUUUCCUUUCCGUACUUUCAUCAAACACAUGGUGGGUGUCUCUCACUCUCAUCACAACAAUGCUCACACUCUUCUUCAACCUCAACAAACAUUUCCACACACAAAUCCCCAACAUUACAACCUCGUACCUCCCACUUUGUUCCACAUUCAAAGUCUACUUCACCACACAAUCCAACAACACCAACAUAGAAACAAUCACAAAAAUCAUCAACGACCACCCUUUCCCAAACAAACCCCUUCACCCAACACUCCUCCACCACCUCCCUCCUUCAAAACCAAUUUCAUCUUCCUUCAUUGAAAAAACCCUUUCCGCUUUAUUCUCUUCUCAUUCCAAUGGCCUCAAAGCAUUGGAGUUUUUCAAUUUCACCAUCAAAUAUUUUCACAACACAACCCCAUCUCAUUCUUCACUUGAAAUCACCCUCCACAUCCUCACAAGAAUGAGGUAUUUUGAUAAAGCUUGGAACUUGUUGCAACAAAUUGCUAAAACACACCCUUUUUUACUUACCCUUAAAUCAAUGAGCAUUGUGUUAACCAAAAUUGCAAAGUAUCAAUCUUAUGAGGAUACCCUUGAUGGGUUUAGGAAAAUGGAGGAAGAUGUGUUUGUUGGUAGGAAAUUUGGGACUGAUGAAUUCAAUGUGCUUCUGAAAGCUUUUUGUACACAGAGGCAAAUGAAAGAGGCUAGGUCAGUUUUUGUGAGGUUUGUGAAUAGGUUUAGACCGGAUACUAAGAGUAUGAAUAUUUUGUUGUUAGGUUUUAAAGAAUCAGGUGAUGUUACUUCGGUUGAGUUGUUUUAUCAUGAAAUGGUUAAGCGAGGUUUUAGUCCGGAUAGUGUGACUUGUCAUGUUAGGAUUGAUGCUUAUUGUAAGAAAGGUCGGUUUGGUGAUGGUUUGAGGCUUUUUGAAGAGAUGGAGAGUAGGAAGUUUGUGCCUAGCGUUGAAACGAUAACUACUUUGAUUCAUGGAGCAGGGUUGGUUCAAAACACGGGCAAGGCGUGGCAAUUGUUUAAUGAGAUUAGUUUGAGAAACUUGGUGGUUGAUUCUGGUGCUUAUAAUGCUUUGAUUACUACAUUGGUUAGAAAUAGAGAUAUUGUAUCGGCGGUUUCGUUGAUGGAUGAGAUGAUUGAGAAACAUAUUGAGCCUGAUGGUGUAACUUAUCAUACAUUGUUCUUAGGAUUGAGGAGGUCAAAAGGGAUUGAAGGUGUGUGUGAGCUUUAUUUGAAGAUGACUGAAAGGAAAUUUGUUCCGAAAAUGAGGACAGUUGUGAUGCUGAUGAAAUGUUUUUGUCAAAAUCGUCGGCUUGAUUUAGGUUUAAGUUUAUGGAAUUACUUGGUAGAGAAAGGUCAUUGUCCUCAUGCUCAUGCUUUAGAUCUUUUGGUCACUGGAUUAUGCUCAAGGGGUAUGGUGCAAGAAGCUUUCUUCUGCUCCAAGCAAAUGUUGGAGAGAGGGAGAUAUAUGAGUUCUGCAUCAUUUCUAAUGUUGGAGAGGUUUUUGAAUCAAUCACGUGAAGUUGAAAAAUUAAAGGAGCUUGAUCAGAUGAUUAAGAAAUUGCAAAGUGUUUUACCGCCAUCUAGAGGACAUGCUACUGGUAUUUCUAACUCCAGUGUUAUAAUGUAGCAUCGUUUAAUUUCAAAUAUAUAUGUUGCCGCAUGAUUUCAGUGGAUUUUCUUCAUGUAUAUUAUUAGCAUGUAUAAUUCUUUAAAUUAUAAUUGACUGAUUCGGGUCUGUAUACUUUAUAUACAUCAAAUACACGACAUUGUGUUGAUUAAAAUAAUGUAUAUUUUUUAAGCCUGGUUAUACAAUUAAUUUACUUGGA